AAGACUGGCCUCGUUCCCCACACGUGGGCCAUUCUGCCAUUCUAUAACAACCCCUCGCACACAGCAGCCACGGUCAACACUCCGCAUAAUCAGGUCUCCCAGGACUGCCACGGGAACGCCGCUCCCCUCAGCCGACAGCCACUUGUUAGCUCCGACAGUGUCAGGAAGACCCCCUCCCUCCCCCACCCCUAUCUUGUUGUUGUCAGUCAGUCAGUCCUGUUUGGCAACACCCUGCCACCCCCCGUUUGUGUGUGCGCGUCGUCCGAUCCGGGGAAAACACUCCCUUUGUUCUCUCUCUCUCUCUCUCCCGUCGACCGACCGGCGUUAGUACAGCCCAAGCCCGUUGUAACCACGGUAGAUGAAGUGCUUUACUCACUCGGCAACUUGACAUCAUAGACUCACAUCGGAUGCGCCGACCGGGAUAUGGAUAUCGUGUAUCACAACCAGCAUGCUUAUAGUGGGCAUGUGGUGAGCUGUUACAGCCAAUUCAACCAGUACAACUUCAACCAGGGAACAAGCAACAAUUUUGUGAACAACAGAAUGGCUGAGCAAGAUACUGACUUCUCCUUGUCCACUGAGACAUUCCACACGCCGAGUUUUGGCGAUGAAGAGUUCCAGAUCCCGCCCAUCACGCCCCCGCCGGCGUGCGAGUCGGACAUGGUGGGAACGGCAAGGAGCUACAACGAGCCCACGCCACAGUUCCCUCCCCAGAACCUGGACAUCCCCCCCAUCACCCUGGCAGAUGCACUGCACAUGGAGGAAGGCAUGAACACGACGUCCCGAGCCUUCCCCGCCACCUGCAUGGGGUCCACAAACGUGCCUGACAGCUCCGUCGUCGCCAUGACAACCAGACACUCCCCCAUGGACAUGGCCUUCGACCAGGCCUCCUCCUCCAGCCAGUCGACCUUCAACUCUGACCACAUGGGUCACAUGACCUCCAGCAGCCAAUCGGCGUACGGGAACUCCCCGCUGACCACGAUCAGCCAAUCGACGUUGAGCGAGCAGCUGGGGUUGGACCAGGGCGCGUCAUUCGGGGUGGGCGCGCCAUCCCCAGGGUCGAAGUCCACGUCGCCGUCAGGGUCGCCGAACUCGGGAGAUGGUCAGGACGAGAGCGACGAUAACGUGCCACUAAAGUUCCUAGCACAGGGUCUGAAGAGAGCGGCGGCAGCAGCAGCCACACAGGAGCCCGCGCCUGCCGCGCCCGCGCCCAAGAAGAGAACACCCAAGAAGAGAAGGAAGAAGGACCCCAACGAGCCACAGAAACCCGUGUCAGCUUACGCACUGUUCUUCAGAGAUACACAGGCCGCCAUCAAGGGUCAGAAUCCGAACGCGACGUUUGGCGAGGUGUCGAAGAUCGUGGCGUCCAUGUGGGACAGCCUGGGGGAGGAGCAGAAGCAGGUGUACAAGAAGAAGACGGAAGCAGCCAAGAAGGAAUACCUGAAACAGCUGGCUGCGUACAGAGCGAGUCUCGUCUCACAGGCUGCAGUGGACCAGGCAGAGUCUGAGGAGGCCAAGAAGCAGAACAACAUCUCCCUGUCCCACUCAGCGCUGAGAAACAUCGCGCCCAAACCCAACAUGUCGCCGCCGGCAAGCACGACGGUCGUGAGAACGUCUCCACCUCGACACAUCAUGCAGCAGUCCCCCCCUCACUCUCACCCAGCCUACACACAGAUGGCGCCCCUCCAGACGCAGAUGCACAUGUCGAGACAGCAGUGCCUGCGACAGGGCUGCGAGAACUUCGCCAUCGAGAGUCCUGACUGGGACAACGAGUACUGCAGCAACGAGUGUGUCGUCAGUCACUGCAGAGACGUGUUUACUGCCUGGGUGGCAUCAAGAAAUCAGACGCUGUCCACCUCCGUUAAGUGAGAAGACCCUACUACAGUUUUCACCAAUCUUGGAGGAAAAAUCACUCUUUUAUCUAGAGCAAAAAAAAAUCAUAACUUUGUCUGAGCUAUAAGAGAGGACCUAAUUUUGUACUGAAAAUGCCAAACAGAGACACUCUGCAUUUGAAAACAUGUUGUGAUGUCGGUUAUUUUGAUUAAGAUCACAUGACCACUGCCAACCAAUCAAAACCACUCUUUCAUAAUAGAGCAAUCCCAACUUUGUCAGAAGCUGAUAUAUUCAUUUGCUGUAAGUUGCAUCAUUUCAGCACAGAAUGUUCAAUCGAUAUCGCAUUGUACAAUGUACAAUGUCCACAUUUUGAUUGUAAAUGAUAUUUGUUGUGGGGUAUGUGAAAGUGAAUGUUGGAAUGUCGAAAUAUGGAAGUGGUUGUAAGUUUCAUCAACUUCAUAUUUGUUAUUAUCAUCAUCUUUAUCAUUUCAAGUUGCAAGUUAUGGUAAAGACCUAAUAAACACAGUCUUUUCCCAACUGGCAGGUUAAAUUAUAACCAAUUUCAUUACUUUCCACCUGUAUGUUUAAUUUAUGUUGUUUAUGUCACAAUUUGUUGUCCAGAAUCUUCAUGAUAUAAAAAAAAAACUUUUGAAACUUUCCAUGUGUAAAAUGCUGUAAAAAGUCUUUACAAUUUCCUCUGUAUUGAAUGGCAAUAUGUAGAUGGCUUUAGCUUGAAAUAGUAUUUGAUAACUGGCUACAGUAAUUAUAUGAUUGUUGUUGACUGUGGCAUCUAUUCUCGAUUAUAUAUUUUGUGACAAAUGACAGUCAGAAAAAAACAGACUAUGUUUUGCAACUAUCGGUCAUUACUUCCCAAAAUGUAUAUUCUCAUAUAUAUGGGCAGUACACUUCAGUUACUAAUACAUUGUAUCUGUGCGUAGAAAGUAUUAAGGAAACAUACAUUAUGUACAUGUGUGUUUUAAUAAGUUAAUUGUGCUUUUUACGGUAACAAAAUAUUGUGUAAUACUUCAAAGUUGGUCUGACUUAAUAGAAAUACAGAGGGAUACAAUAUUGGGACAAACAAUAUUGUAUUUUUUCUACAUGUAUAUUGAAAAUAUCAUAGAUUAGUAUAAAAAUUGCUGUAGAGUUGUAAAAGUAAU